CUCCUCCUCCCGGUCCAGCCCUUCCACAUUUAUCCCUCCUCCUGAGCCGGAGUCUCCGCCCCGCUCUGCCGUCAGGGCCGAGCCCGGGCUGAGGGAGGCUCGGUGCCGGGGUGAGUGUCCCCGCUCCCCCCGGGGAUGGAGCCCGAGCCCGAGCCCGAGCCCCCCGCGGUGCGGAGACAUCAGCAUCAACACAACCUGAAACACCGGUACGUGCUGGGGCGGACCCUGGGCAGGGGCACGUACGGCCGGGUCAAGUCGGCUACCGAGCGGCUCACCGGCAGGACGGUUGCAAUAAAAUCAAUCCGGAAAGAUCGAAUCAAAGAUGAACAGGAUAUGGCACACAUCCGACGAGAGAUUGAAAUCAUGUCAUCCUUAAACCACCCUCACAUCAUCAGCAUCUAUGAAGUUUUCGAGAACAAGGAUAAAAUGGUGAUAGUGAUGGAAUGUGCAAGCAAAGGCGAGUUAUAUGACUACAUCAGUGAGAGGCACAAGUUAAGUGAGAGGGAGACCAGAAUGUUCUUCAGACAGAUCGUGGAUGCCAUUCACUACUGUCAUAAGAAUGGAGUUGUUCACCGUGAUCUGAAAUUAGAGAACAUCUUGUUGGAUGAAAAUUAUAACAUUAAGAUUGCAGACUUUGGGCUGUCUAAUCUGUACCAGAAGGACAAAUUUCUGCAAACCUUCUGUGGGAGCCCACUUUAUGCUUCACCGGAAAUUGUCAAUGGCCAUCCAUAUCAUGGACCAGAGGUAGACAGCUGGGCUCUGGGUGUGCUACUGUAUACUCUGGUUUACGGGACCAUGCCAUUUGAUGGUUGCGACCACAGAAAUCUCGUCAGGCAGAUAAGCAGCGGGGAUUAUCAGGAACCCACUCCACCAUCAGAUGCCCGUGGCCUUAUCAGGUGGAUGUUGAUGGUGAAUCCUGAGCGCCGAGCCACAAUUGAGGACAUCGCUAACCACUGGUGGGUGAAUUGGGGUUAUCAAGCGAGUGUGUGUGACUGCAAUCCUUUUGGAAGCUCAGAGGUUAGCUUUAUUGGUUGGCAACAUCACUCACGCUGUUCACAGUCAGAGGGCGAAUCAAAGCUAAAAUGCCCAGUAAAGCAGUUCCAAUCUCAGGGAGUGCGAGCAGCUCAGACAUCUGUGAAGAAGUCCAAGAAAGAGACUGACAUUGCUCACUGUCUGCAUGAAGGAAUGCCAAGCAACAAGUGCAUACUGAAAAGGCCCAAAGGAAUUUUAAAGCAGAAGAUGGCCGAUGACUGUCAUGCUCACAGCACUGGGGGUGUGAAAGUAGUUUCAGAGCAUGAACUUAGCAUGAGCAGUCCCUCUGCUGGAGCCUUUGGAGGCAUUGAAACAACUUCUCUGUGCACACAAACUGCUGAAAACUCCAUUGUGAAGCCGAAGAAGGGAAUUCUGAAAAAAGCACAGCAGAGAGAAUCUGGUUAUUACUCUUCCCCCGAGCACAGUGAAUCGUCGGAGCUCCUGGAUCGGGACUGUGCGGCUAAUACCAACUCCAUCUGCUCUCCUAAGCAUGGUGCAGGUUUUAAGGGCCCUGGCAUAAUGGCCCAGGGAAGGAAAGGAAUCCUGAAGCACACUGGCAAGUUAUCAGAUUCUGCCAUGAACAGUGAAUCAUCAUCAGAGAUUACAGAGUUAACACAGCAGGUGACAGAAGCUCAAGGCUGCAGCCUCUCAUCCACAAUUAAAGACAAGGGCAGCCUCCUCUCUAAAGAGUCAUUCAAGCUGCACCAUUUACCAGAAGACAGGCCAAUUCGCAGCUGUGUCUCUGCAGGAAACCUGCUGCAUCUCGAAGACUUUGAGGGGUUGAGGAUCCACCAACCUAUUUGCCACAUGAAAGCUUUCUGUCAACAACUGAGUGACAGCAGCUCCUCUCUGCUCACGGACAUGGACAAUUUCACUCAGAUCUACAAGAAAGCUCUUGAGAUAAGCAGCAAUUUGGAAUGAGGAGUUUGUGUGUGACAGCUGAAUGCAUGGAUUGAUUUGUUAGCAUUUAAUGGUAAAAUCAGAAGCAUGGUAAGAGUCCCUUGCAGUAGCACUGAAUGGGCUCUAAGUAAGUGAAGGGGGAGAAGGAUUGGAAGGUCAAUACUAGUAAUGAGGCCAAGUGAAUAUAACGAAGUGUAUUGGGGUUAUUGAGGCAUCUGAGGAACUAGAGGAUUCACAUUGAGGUUUGGAUGUAUACUGAAUCGAGAUUUUUGAGACUGGUUUUUGGGAAGCUGCUAUCAGGAAUGUUCUCUCCUGUUUUGACAGGAACUCCACAAUCAGAAUUGAAGGAGCUGAAAGCUCAACCUAUUGGACAGUCAUUUAACAGUUUGGCUGUAAUAAGACUUGAAAAGGAUGAAACUCCAGAGUAAAGAAUUAAUUAAUGAAUGAAUGUGAUGUCUAUAUUCAUAAACUAAAACCAAUGAUUGCAUCUAGCAGUGACUAGCAUGUGUAAAAUUACUUAGGUAUAUCAUUAUUCCUGUGAAACUUGACUAGAUAAUAUUUCCAUGGUACGUAUUGUAUUUCUGCUGAAUGUGAUAUUAUUUAUGUCAGUGUGCUUUAACUUAUUGGCGUCUCAGCCAUUUGUUGUUGUAAUGUAUUGCAUGAAAUGAUAAAAUUGUGCUAAUGUUUUAACCUAAAAUCAGAGUUGACACUGAAUAAUCUGUUUGGCAAGAUGUCACUAGGCAAAAAAACACUUUCUACAGUAAUCACUGGUUCAAGAAAAAUCAGCAACAUCUGAAGUUGCUGAUGUCAAUGCACUAAACUGGACAUGCAAGAAAGUCAAUGUUUGUUUCCUUUGCAGAAGACAAGGGGUGGAAUCUUGUAAGGGUCAAAGUGAUGUGGGCAGUGAUGAUGUGUGUGAAUGAAGUGCAGUAAUGCCCAUCUUGAAAUCUCAUGCCAUAUUUUAUGCUUUUCACAAGCAGUAUGGUGAUACAACAUUCUCUCUGGGUAGUGGUGUGAUGCCAAUUAACUCAUUACUGCUUGUCAAAUGCCUUGUUAACACCACAGCUCAUUUAUUACCCCAAAUAAGUUAGAUAUUGGAAAACACGACAAGGAAACUAGAGUGGGCCCCUGGUAGAUUUAGCUUACUAUUUGCUCUGAGCCAUCUGUAUGUUGGAUAUCAGGCAUCAACAUCUCAGGGCAUAUUCCAUGGGCACCAGCCACACACACCCUACAUCCACAGGCAUUAGCAUCUGACAUGUACAAGCCUUUAAGAACCCUU